GGUGGCAAACGUUGCAGACGCCCUAAAUUCAAAAACCUGUGAUACUGAUAGAUCAAGCGAUUUAGAUCUAACACUAACAUUUUGCGAGUGAUGUUCUGGAAUCAGGGUGCUUUCUCUACGAUUUUAUUAAGUCAGUAGGCAUGGCAUGGCAAUCAAGGUUUGAUGACUUUGCAUUUGUAGAUACAUCCUCGAAACCAAAGAAUGCAUGGCAAGGGGAAAAUGUACCGGGGUCUAGACCACAAAAGCAGCCGUUUAGCAAUUGUAGUGACAGACAUCGAGGUGGUUGGCAGGCUCACUCACAUGAUGGAGGGUCUUUUUCAUCGAACGGCACCAACAAGAAUCCUGAUGCCAAUGGAAUAAAGCAUAUCAGAAUAUGUGAUCUUACAACAGAAACGUCGUUUGUUUCCAUUAUAGGGCUGAUCAUAUCUAAAGAAGGGCCCAAAUCAAUUUUCAGUAAAAAAGGCACUGGCACUGAAAGGCACCUUGUUUCUUUCACAUUACGAGAUGACCCGACUGCCUUCAUAAACAUCACAUGCUGGGGUGGACAAGACUAUGCCACUCGACUAUCGGAUCAAUUUAAAGUCGGAGAUGUUGUUGAGGUAAAGGGUGCCCAAGUACAGGCCAAGUCAAAGAAUCCUUCAGAUGAGAAGUUUAAACCAUGGACCCCAAGCUCCUUUUGCUUAAACUUGGGUGAGAAUCAUGGAGAAUUAAAUUUCUACUAUGGACUGGACGCUGAGAAUUUUUCCUCCCUUUUGCGAGUACCAACCCGAGCAAGCAAUGAUUUCUAUACCUUGGAAGACAUCCAAGCUAAUGGGAUGAAUCUCCACACAGAACACAUCAAUAUCUUUGCUUUAGUGAAGAAGGUAUGGCCAGUGAGAGCACUUACAACGAAAACAGGGAAACAUAUUACAAAGGUUGAUGUAGUUCUCUGUGAUGAGACAUGUUCAGCAUUUCAACUGACCCUAUGGGGCUGCUUUGUCAAUCUUACAGAUGAUUGGAAACCUUUACAAACAGUUCUAUUUGCUGCUGAUGUGAGAAUCACUUACAGUGAUUUUCACUCUGGGAUGGUGGCAUGCACUGACUCAAAGACUGUCUUCACUGUGGACCCUGACACCUUGGAAGCUCAGAUGUUGAGUGAGUUUGGCAGAUCUCAGUUCUCAGACACCAUGAAUCAUGAUUCUGUGAGUGUGCUUGAGUCAGUAACCAAGGAUCCUGAGAUUUCAUCAAUCACCAAUGUGCUGAUGGUAAGAGAAGUAAAGAAACUACAAAAAGAUCUGCUGUACUCCAAUGGGCAGUGUAGUUAUGGUGUUGUCUAUGCUUUCCUCAGUCACUUUGAUAUCGAUGCUGAUAACAGGAACAUUGUGAGGCUUGCUUGCUCCAAAUGUCACAAAAGUGUUAAUGCCAAUGGAAGAUGUUUGUGUAGAGCACAAGACUGCUCAGGCAAUCAACUGUCAGCCGAACCUCCUUCUGUCUUGGAGUUUAAUGUGACCGUCAGCCUGACAGAUGAAAGUGGAUCACUUGAGUGGUGCUAUGUGGCUCCAGCUGCCAUUGAGCAACUGCUGGAAUGUUCUGCUUCGGAGUUCCAAGCUGCAGAUGAUUCCAGAAAGACAAGGCUCAAAUGGCAAUAUUUGUUUGAACGGAUGAAAGGUGUAGUGAAGAUUUCAGGCUCCAACUCGGCAAAGUCUGGAAAAAGUUUUGUGCGUGUCAUGGCAUUGGAGAAAAUUCCGCAUUCUGAGGUCUUAAGCGGACGCUAUUCUGCCUCCUGAAUGGAUAGCAGAUGCUAUAGUGACAAACCAUCAACCAUAUACUACAGAUCAGUGUCAUGCAACUUCUACAUUGACGCUCUUUGUGCAAAAAAAGGCAGAAUCUACAUCAUCACCAUGGAUCUUUUCAACGGGUGCUGAUCGGACUUAAAAUCUUUUUUUUUU